UCGUUGCAGAUACCUAAUACCCUCAGCUUAGCAAAUAUAAGAAUAUAUCUUUUUUUAAGGACUACUGGUUUCUUUCCACAUGGUUGACAGGUCAACUAAGUUAUUGAGUAAUGGGUAAAAAAAGGGGAGGAGACUUAAAUUGAGAAGUAAAUAAAGCUCAGUCAGUAGAAGCAGUAAAAUAGUGAAAGCAGAAAGUUGGUAAAAAAAAAAAAAUGGCAGGGCAAAAGCCCCUUUUGGAGUUGGAAAACUUUAUUGCUGGUAAAUUUAUUCCCUGUAAUUCACACAUAGAUUCCUAUGAUCCAUCUACAGGGGAGGUGUAUUGUAAAGUUCCAGACAGUGGCAAAGAAGAGAUAGAAGCAGCAGUCAUGGCUGCUAAAGAGGCCUUUCCCCAUUGGUCAUCCACAAGCCCCCAGGACCGCUCUCAGAUCAUGAUUAAGUUGGCAGAUCUACUGGAACACUCCCUGGAGGAUUUUGCACAGGCUGAAUCAAGAGAUCAAGGGAAAACAAUCACAUUUGCCAGAACUGUGGACAUCCCACGAGCUGUGUACAACUUUCGCUUCUUUGCCUCUUCAAUCCUUCACCACACCACUGAUGCUACUCAGAUGGAUUCCCUGGGCUGCAUGCAUUAUACUGUAAGAAGUCCUGUCGGAGUCGCUGGUUUGAUUAGCCCUUGGAAUUUGCCACUUUAUUUGCUGACCUGGAAGAUUGCUCCAGCUAUUGCGGCUGGAAAUACCGUGAUUGCAAAGCCCAGUGAGAUGACGUCAGUGACUGCAUGGAUGCUGUGUAAACUCUUAGAUAAAGCAGGGAUUCCACCAGGUGUAGUGAAUAUUGUGUUUGGAUCUGGGUCCAAAGUAGGAGAGGCCCUGGUGUCCCAUCCUGAAGUUCCACUGAUCUCAUUUACUGGGAGUACACUGACAGCUGAGAAGAUCAUGCUAAAGAGUGCCCCUCACUGUAAGAAGCUCUCUCUGGAGCUUGGGGGCAAGAAUCCUGCCAUCAUUUUUGAUGAUGCCAAUCUGACAGAGUGUAUCCCUACUACUGUCAGGUCCAGCUUUGCUAACCAGGGUGAAAUCUGCCUCUGUACCAGCAGGAUCUUUGUCCAAAGGAGUAUUUAUGAGGAAUUUUUAGCAAAAUUUGUUGAAGCUAUAAGAAAAUGGAAAGUUGGCCCCCCUGCUGAUCCUACAAGUAGCAUGGGAGCUCUGAUAAGCAAAGCCCAUUUGGAGAAAGUUAGGAAUUAUAUAAAGAAGGCAUGUGCUGAAGGGGCAAGAGUUCUGUGUGGAGAGGGUGUGGAUAAUUUGAGCCUCCCCCCCAGAAACAAAGGGGGCUACUUCAUGCUUCCCACUGUGAUCACUGACAUUAAAGAUGAAUCCUGUUGCAUGAAAGAAGAGAUAUUUGGUCCUGUUUCUUGUGUUGUUGCCUUUGAUACCGAAGAAGAAGUGAUUGAAAGAGCUAAUAAUGUGAAGUAUGGCCUAGCAGCAACUGUAUGGUCUAACAAUGUUGGAAGAAUUUGGCGUGUAUCUAAGAAAUUGCAGUCAGGAUUGGUCUGGACUAACUGCUGGCUCAUUAGGGACCUAAAUCUUCCUUUUGGUGGAAUGAAAGCUUCAGGAAUUGGCAGAGAGGGAGCAAAGGAUUCAUAUGACUUCUUUACUGAAGUAAAAACAAUCACUGUUAAAUACUAAUCUUUGCUUAUGGAAAAGUUGUUAUGGUAAAUGUCUUUUAAUAGCUUAGCUACUAUAUAGUUGUGAAUAGAAAUUAUAGAAUGAAUUAAUUGAAGAUUAAGAGGGUAGGUAAAUGGACAAUUUUGAUUUUAUAAAAUUUUAAAAAAAUGUUGUACAAACAAAACCACUGCAGCUAAAAUUAGAUAUGAAACAGGUAAAUGAGGAAAAAUAUCUUUGGAUAAAACUCUCAUUUCUAAGAUAGUUAAGAAGUUGACUCAAAUUUAUUAGAAUGAGGGCCAUUUUUCAAUUGAUAAAUAAAAGAUAUGGACAGGUAAUUUUAAGAGGAAGAAAUUUGGUUUAUCAGUAGUCAUGAAAAAAUAUUCCAUAUCAUUAAUAAUUAGAUAAAUGAACAUUAAAGAAACUCUGAAGACAUACUUGCCAUAUACAAAUUUGCAAAGUUCACAAAAAAAAAGGAAAAUGACAUGCUGGAGAAGUUGUGUGAAGAUAAUUACAACAGUGCCUUGUUGGAAGAACUAUGAAGUAGUCAUACUAUUCUGGAAAGCAAUUUGGAACAAAUGUCCCAGAAGUUACUAAACUGUAAUCCUUUGACCAAGAAAUAUCACUAUGAAGCCUAAAAUCAAAAGAAAUUAAAUAAAAAAGAACCUAUAUAUACAAAAAUUUUUAUAGAAAUUUUUAUAUGUAUGUUUGGAGAAUAAGGAACUAGAAAUUAAGGGAGUCCUCAUCAACAUAUGAUAAAGAAGGUUGUUUUAGAGAAGCUUGAAAAGGCUUUGUAAACAAAUGCAGAGUAAAGUAAGCAGAACCAGAACACUCUAUACAUCUACAACAACAUUAACAAAUUUAAGACAACUCCAAAAGGCAUGAGAAUUCUGAUCAAUACAAUGAUCAUUCACAAUUUCAGAGGACUAAAAAUGGAAUAUAAUACCUAUUUUCUCCAAGAGCUGUGAAUUGGUCAGCCCAUUCUAGAAAGUAAAUUGAAAUUAUAUGAAAAAAUCACUUGUUUUGUUAUACCUUUUGAUCUAGUUUUCCCAUUACUGUGCAUAUACCCCAAGGAAAUCAAAUACAAAAAGAUCUAGUAUUCACCAAAAAUAUUAAUUGUAACAUUUUUAUGGUAGAAAAAAGGCCUGGAAGCAAAAUGAAUACCCAUCAACUAGGAAAUGACUUGAAAAGGCAAUCAAAUCAUAUUACAUAAGAAAAGAUAAAUGUGAGGAACUAAGAGAAAUAUUCAAAGACUUGUAUGAACUAAUAAAAAAUGAAGUAAGUAGAAUCAGGAGAACAAUAUACACAAUGACUCCAAUUAUAUAAUUGCCUUUGAACUACAUGAAAAAGCAAUGAACUCUGAUUAAUUGUAAUGAACAGUGGAGGUAUAAAUCAAUGGAUUAUGAAAAACACAUCUCUCCUUAAAUCGAAUAUAGUAUAUUCUGUCAAAAGAAGAUCACUAUAUCAAUUGCUUUUGCUUAAAGUUUUUUUAAAGAAAGGAUUUUAAGGUAGUGAUGGUUAAAAGGUGUUCAUUAAAGGGAAAUGUCUGUACAAAACCAAAAA